CUGGGAACUAGAUUGCCUCGUUUUUGUGAAUAUUACCCUGAAUAUCUUAAUUAUAAACCACUCUUAUUAACUUACAAGUACUUAGACGGCAAGCAUGAAAACAACAUACAAGAGAAACACGGACACAACAGUAAGUGAUUUAGCUAGUAUAUACAUUUUUUAACUGCUCAUCUUGUAAAAUAGCUUCUCACAUACUCUCUAAAGACUCCAAUACAGCUUAUCCGGCUAUAUACUAUAUUGACUAUUGGUUCCAUGAGUAUAAUAGGUAUAAAUGAACAAUGUUCAUGAGUUUGGUCGAUUCAGUGAAGUACUUUUUACAUUUUUCAGUAAAAUUGUUAUGCAAUACUAACAUGCACUAUACUAUAUGGUUGGAAAUCCCGUCGCUAUAUAAGGGUACCCGUCUGGAUUCCGGAAAUUCUAUCUCCAUAAUCAUAUACUAACAUUUUUUUAUUUAUUUUUUUUAAUAAUGCAUAGAGUAUAAAGACGAUGUAAAGGCUUGAUUUUGAGGAAAUCUGCUUAAUUUGUCACUAAAUAAUUGAAAAGUUGAUCAGUGUUAUGAUCAAUAAUGAUCAUAGAUGUACUAGUGCAAGUUAUUAGCCAUGAAGUCAAUUAUAUCGACCAAAUGUUAUGAUUUAGGGACUGUUAUACUCUCUUCUCUUUCCUAAGCAAGACCAGGGCAAGGGAGCAAUUUACCACACUAUGCAGUGCUUCAUACAAAAUGCAAGGUCAUCAAAGUAUGGAUCAGUGACUUUUCCGUUUAAAAUUGAUUACUAACAAAGACAAAAGUUUGAGAAUGAUAUGAAUUUUUAACAAGUUGAUUUAUAUUUUAUCAUAUAUAUAUAGUAAAAAUAUAUAACUUGAUUUCUACUGAAUUAAAUAAUAGAGGUCAUCCUUCCAUGCGGGUUGAUAGGGAUACAAGCACAAUUUCGACGUUUCCGACGACAAAGGACCUUCCUUAACAAUAAUAAGCUGUCGGAUUAUACAAAAUACAGUCAAUAAUAUAUAUAUACUUGCACGUAUUCUAUAGCAUACGGUUUUAAUGACUGUAUGCUCAAUCCAGCUUUAACUGUUGAAUAAAAAGCUAGGAACAUAUGUUAAACUAUAUAUAAAGAGCCUGGUAUAUAUAGGAUCCUUAAUAAAGGUGGUGAUUAGCCAGUGCAGUGAUCAACAGUAAACUUUUAGUGUUGUGUUUAUACAAGAAUUUAUAAUUUUUCCUCUUUAUGUGAUAUAGUAAAAAAAAUCACAAGCAUGCAUUAUAACCUUAUAAGUAUGAUAAAGACCUGCGAAAUGUCGGUCUUUAAUUAUCUUGUUCAAAUAGUUUUAUAAUCUCAUAGAAUAAAUACCGGAGUGUUGAUCAUCUCAUUAGCAUUUUGCUCGAUGUUUGCUGCAUAUCUAUAAUAUAGCUAUAUAUAGGUCCAUAGUUUUAAACUAGAACAAGACGACAAGAUAUAAUCUUUAAUAUCGCACGACCUUGACUUCACUUGGUAUCAUUUUGUAUAGCUACAAGUACAAAAACAUGCCUUUAGGCAAAAUUCAACUAUGGGGGAAACACAUAUGUAUGCAUUAAGGUUUUGGAUUUCUAAAGCCCACUUAUCCUUAGCAUACAGUGCCUAUAUGCGUAUAUUGUGAUGUACUUCAAACAAAAUUAAUGCGUGAAGAAGUGCUUUCGAACUUAGAUUUAAUAAGGAUGUCGACUGUUUACUGUCAAAAGCUGCUCGAAGCCAAAAGUAGAAAAUAAUUCUGAUAAUUUAGAACACCAAUUCAAUGAACAUAACAAUCUCGUUUCAACAUUUUCUACGGGCAUUCAGAUUAUUCUCAAAGGUAUCAUCUUUCUCAAAAAACCCAAUGUUGCAGCAAUAUUUCAAUCAAUCAUAUUAUAAACAUUCUAAGAUUCAAAGAUGUGUCUAAGUGUGAAAACAAAGUGUGUGUAAUCCCUUCGUAUGCUCCUGCCAAAUUUACACCUAUUCGUCUUUCGAUAUGAUGAAUGACGCAUGUUUAAAUUAUUAGAAAUGUUUGCGCAUAUUUUACAAAACAUGGUCAAACUUAACGCGAGACAACAUUCGCGAACUUUUGUAACUAUAGCAUAUGUUUUUGUUGCAAAUUGCAGCAAUAUUGUUCCCAGUUCGUAUAUUAAGUCUUCAGGUUUAGUUUUAACUUAAUUGGCAGUUGAACCGACAAUGUCUAAAGAGCUGCAGGAAUGCGGAAGAAUAUACGAUUAAAAUAAAAACAGUUCAUCUCAUUGCUUUUAUUGAAUAUUAUACUAUCCAGUUCAUGUUUGCGGGAUACUGAUUGCGAGCUCGGAAUGCAUUCUGGUAUUGUAUUAAUACAGGGGGGGGAGUAUUUGAAGGUCUCUUCUGUUUUACAUAUAGAUAUGUUGAAGAACUAAUUACCAUGAAAGUAGGUCUUAAGUGUUUAGCUAUAUAGUUUUCGCUUGGCAUUUCCAACCAAGAUACAAGACUAUACACAAAAAAGUAAAUGAGCAUGCAGAGUCAAACUUCUUAAUCUUAUACAGACUUUGGCCCACUGCCACGAAAAACAUUUCAAAAAUACUCACUCAAGAAAAAUUGCCUUGUCAUACAUACGAGAAGGAAAGUUGCAAAAGUAUUUUUAUGUAUCACCGGAAGUCGUACUCGGGCACAAAAAUGUUUAAUCUUGCAUCAUGUUUUAACCAUGAUUAUGAGUUAUGUCUGCAUGCAGACAUUAAUCUUUGGCUUUUUCGUAGCAUAACAAUAUUUCGGGGAAUUCGAAAGUAUGGAAAAAUAAAAUUUAUACAAAAAAAAGCUGGCAUACGAAGAGCGAGAAGAACAGCAUUCAUGCCGCGAAAUGCCAGGCGCGUAUUAUAGUUUAACAAGACGCCUGCUCAGGCGUUCACACUGGCCUGAAAAUAACGAGAUACGUGCUAUGGUGCAAAAGGCAGGAAUACAAAUCUUAAACCGCAAGCAAAUUUUAUGGACUUUUUAAAAUAAUAAAAUACCUUUUCGGGAGACGUAAUGGUGCAAAUCUAUUACUAGGAGUUACUAUCGCAAGGAAAGUGCUGCCUUUAUGGCGUAUGAAGACAAUCACGCAAUCGUGCAGCUGGCGCAAGAUAACUUGAAAUCAACGGAUAAUAUCACACCGCAGAAUAGACUACACAGAAGCCCGACUUCUUGGUUUCUCCUGAUUUUCCAAUAAUUUUGGCGUAACCGUAAUUCGUCAUCAAAAUGCUGACGCCAUGGUCCUAUAGCCAGUGCGCGUUUGAGAGGCAUUCCUGAUAAUAUUCAAAAUGGCGGACGUCCAGGGGGGAAUGCCUCUCAAACGCGCACUGGCUAGGACCAUGGCGUCAGCAUUUUGAUGAUGAAUCAUGAGCGGUUACUCGAGUCGACCUUCUGUGUGCCUUAUUCUGUGGCCGUAUGUUUUCAAACUUUAUGUCAAGGAAGAAAAUGCAAGUUUAUCAGUUUAAUAGACCUUAUGCAUAAUGACAUCACAAAGCCACAGAAUAAAGAUCAGUACCAGAAGGGCCACUCAGCGGUGCAACGUGUCGCCAUUUUUCUAUGCAAAAAUAUGCAGUUGACUGGCCAGUACAGCCAAUACAGCGCGUUUAUUGGCCAGAAAAUGUAAUCGACUGGCUAGGAAGAUGGCGGCCAGGGUGACAGAAACUUCAAAGCUUCCGACGUAAGUGGCCCUUCUGUGUGCCUUAUUCUGUGACAAAGCUUCAUGCCCGCGAGGAAUGCUGGUCUUAGUAGUCAUCGCCCGAGAAAAUUUCAAUAGUGGCCAUUUUUGAAUUUUCCCGGACGUUGACUAUUAAGACCAGCAUUCCUCGCGGGUAUCAAGCCUUGUGACGUCAUUAUGCAUAAGGUCUAUUCAAACAGUACGUAUGUUGUUUCCCAGUUUCUACGCUAUCUUUUAGUGUGUUUUUACUCGUGUUUAUGUUCAAUAUCGUGUUAAUAAUGUUCUUUUAAAAUUGAUAUUUUAUAAAAUCAAUAAAUGUAUUUUAACUGUCAUUCGACCUACUACAUUUACAUGUAGUGUUUUAUCUUUUCAAACAAGUGAAUCUAAAACUAAAGUCCUACAUUUAUAAAUUUUAUGAAAAGACCAAAGUUUGGCAAAGAUGAAAAGUCAAACUUGCAGUUUUUAAAGAUGUUUUGAAAACAGCGUGCAUGCUCAAAAAGUGAGCUUGUAAAGUUGAAACAAAAUCACGUUUUGCAGGUUUUAAAAGCAGGUUUUUUUAAAAAAAGGUUUUGCAGUACUAAAAACUUAUUUUUCCUUCGGUCAAUUUUUCUGAAGUUCAAUAUACUCAAUUUUUGAAAAAUUCUAUAAAGUAGUUUUUGUGGAACAAAUUUUGUGUGAUAUCUCAAAAGUUCAAUUUAUUAACUCCACCUAAUUUUUUUAUAUAAUCUCCCACUAGAUGAAUUAUUCCCUUUACCCCUACCACAUUUUAGAAACUUUGACCGAAGGAAAUUUUAAUUAAAUUCAUUCUUAGUGCAAAAUUUAAUGUCUGCUGCUGUCGCUUGGGUCACAUUGUUACCAUAGCAACACAUAAUGAACGAAUGUACUUCAAGUAUAAAGAUUGUACAAGUGUUUAUACCUUCAAAAAAUUCCCUAUUUUGCAUAAAUAGCAAAUUAUUUCGCGUCGUUGUGAAGACCUUAUUUUUCGCUGACAUUUCUCAACAACUGUAGGGAGACUGCUGCUAUUUAGUUUGUACAACAAACAAAUCACGGCCGAACAUCGGAGAAAUCCGGAACAUUCGCGAAAUCCGGAGUUUGCCUACAAUACGAAAGGUUUGAUCUUGCAACGAAACCUGAACCGGAUUGUCGAUCAAACUUCAGAUUUGACAAGGACGAUAUUCCCCUGUUGGCAGAUGCUUUGGGUUUACCCGAUCAAUUCCAGUGCUACCAAAGAACAGCUCCAUCUCAGACAAUCGCGUGCAAAAAUAACGAGACUUUUCACAUUUUUGGCCAUUUUAAACUACGUCGGCCUCCCCCCUGCCCCCAUGAUCAAUGUUGGAAAACCUGGGUUGAAUUUUCUCUUUUCAGUCAUUCACACAACAUUGAAUUUGGGGUGAGGGGGGGGGGGCAUUUAUGCGGUUGUCUCAAUAAUUUUUGCUCCUGAUUGUAGUAACAGACGACAACUGGAACUCGUUAAUCCGAAUACAAACAGUAGCGAGUUAGGUGAGCUAGUGAUGAAGAAGGCCUACCGGAAGUCAUAGUAAACGUCCAUCCCAGAAAUACACACCCAGACCCUAACGUUUCUAACGAGAACGUAGUCGAGAACGAGAAUGCAGUCGAGAACGGGAACGAAGUCGAAAACGAGAACGCAGUCGAAAACGAAAACGGGAACGUAGUCGAAAACGCAGUUGAAAACGAAAACGUGGUCGAAAACGAGAACGUAGUCGAAAACGAGAACACAGUCGAAAACGAAAACGGGAACGUAGUCGAAAACGAGAACGCAGUUGAAAACGAAAACGUGGUCGAAAACGAGAACACAGUCGAAAACGAGAGUGAAAACGUAGUCGAGAACGAGAAUGACAACUCAGGCAAAGCGGAGAACGCAGUCGACACCGAGGUUGUCUCUCCUCCCUUGAUGUGUCCAUGCAGUGAAUACACCCUUUCUCUUUGUCCACCUAUCACCUGUGCAUUGGCCACCUUUCGUGAACACAUUCUAUCCAUUCCCCCACCUCAUGACCCCAACACACCUCUUCCAUCAGCAAGCCACUAUCAACCAGUGUAUGGACAGCUAGCGAUGCCGUAUCAAGCAAACUGGGAUUUCAAUUAUUAGAUAAAUUAGAUAAUAUUUAUCAUUCUUUAUAGUAAAAAAAACGCUCCGAACUUUACAAUAUUAUUUAGGAUGCACAGUAUCCAGAAGCUAUCAGGCGAGAUAAGUAGACGUUUAUACCAUGGUGAUACAAGCUGCAGCGUAUUAUUUUGGUUACCAAGUAGAAAUGUGAUAAAUAGGAUCCUGUAAAAAGUUUGUAGUGCUGUGAUAGAUUCAUGAGAAACGCAUGUUUCUGGACUAACAAAGUACCACAUGGUACUGUAUUGAGAGUAUAUAAGCAUGUUGAAAAACCCCAAGUGUCACGGGACGACACUUAUUUCAAGAGGGGGAAUAUGUUACGCGGUACUGUUUGACUGUACUAAAUGUAAAAUUACUUAAUUUGUUACGUAGGUUGACAACUGACAAAAUGACAAGUAGGGAUAUCAUAUAUCAUAUGCAUGAAAUUGUAGUCUGAAGUCAGAUAUAAAAAAGUUAAAGAAGUGUAUAACCACUAUUGACGGAUUGUAAAAUAGUACUAAUAAAGAUUUGGAGCACAACGUGGUGUAUACAAUUUACAAGGACCUGUAGCAACGAGGGUAACACAGACAGGCUAUAGGGUUCAAUUAAUACGCAGGUAAUAUACCAGAAACAUUUGAGUAUGCUAAGUUCCAAAAUUCAAAGAACACUAUAUCAAUAGUAAUAAACGAACAAGACAAAAAAUCCUAUCGCAUAGUUUCCGCUCCUUACCUGGCGGCCAUUUUGACUUGAGCCUGCGAUUCAUUGCAGCUCAGCGGUUCACUUCAUGAACGUAGGUCGAUUUCACGUUGACGAAAAAAACGAAGAAUUUUGCACAGAAAAUUAGGGAACCUAAACACUGGGCCUUACGGCCAGUGUAAUUAAAAUACCUGUAAAAAUAUAUACUUUAAUUGUUUACACGCAUUUGGUGGACUUUGCAUAAUACAGUAAAAUCCCGCAUAUAAUUCCCCCGAAUAUAAGUCCAGUAGCCCACUACGUUAUUGUACUCAAACAAUUCCAAAUAACGACAACUAAACAUGUUAUGUAUAAAAACAUUUAUUUACUGAAAAGUAGUUCAAAAAAUUGACAUUGUCUUUUAAUAUAGCAGAGAACGAUAUUUAAAAACAUUGACAUUGUCUUUAUAUCUUACUAUGUUAAUCAAAGCGCGUUAUUAAUACAUGUUUAUUUUCCCGUUUAUGACAGAUUUGUUUGUUACUAACACAAACGAUCGUCCACGUAUAAGCCCCCCCCCCCGUAUAUAAGCCCCCUGUAUUUCCCAGGCUUUCCCAAUUUUAGGAACCGCCUGCAUUGUAGAAGCCCAUCAAAAAUCACUUACGAAAGAAUAUAAGCCCAGGGCUUAUAGUCGGAGGUUCACGGUAUACAUAUGAAGCCUUCAAAAAAUCUUCCUCAUUUAGUUCUAACGAGCGAGAUAUGAUGUAUUGUACUAUGAUACCUAUAUAUAUACGACAUGUACUAUGAUACCAAUGUACUAUGAUACCUAUAUAUAUAUAUACGACAAUACUUUAGCUUGCAUGUUGCGUGGUCAUCUAUUACAAGCCUUUAUUGAAUCUAUUUAGUGACGAUCUUGUGAUCCUUCAGUAAAGGAAUUUGAACCACGAUCCUGGCUAUCUAAAAUCCGCAUGGAUUUUCCUCCCAAUAUGUAGUUUGUAAUGACGAAUGACUUGGAAUUAACUUGCAUGGGUGAGAGGAAAGUUGAUUGUAGUUUCAGAUUAAUGAUUGUUAAUUAAAUGUUUUGAUAGAAUUAUUACUGUGAUCACCAUUGCUAUUAAAACGGUUAAUUAUCUGUAUUUCAACCACUUAAAAUUGGGUUGGCUUUUUCCUUUGAACGGCCAUAACCGUUUCGAUCUCUAUCCUUUAAUAUAAUGGCCGUUAUAUUCAUCUGUUCAUAACGGUUUCUUCAUACCAUUAUAUAUUUUCAGGAGACCAUUAUAUUCAGCGUUCUCGUAUAAGUCGCUAAAACGUAUACGCCAUGCAUACAAACUGUUUGCUAUAUAUCCAUCUAACAUAUAUAGAAGUAAAAUACUUAGUAAAUAUUUAUAUAUAUAUAUAUAUAUAUAUAUAUAUAUAUAUAUAUAUAUAUAUAUAUAUAUAUAUAUAUAUAUAUAUAUAUAUAUAUAUAUAAAAUAUUUAUAAAGUAGGAUCACGUUUCGCGACUUAUGAAUUUAAAUUACGUGACGUGUUCACAAAAAUACGCAUGCAUGGAACCAGGUUUCCAGAUCUACCUUAAGUCAAGCCCCGCGACCAACCUUUUCCGUAAUUAAAUUUUCCUACAGUAUUUGGCCGUAAUCUCAAUCUGACUAUAAAAGGAAAUACGUCUGCAUGGUUUGAAAUAUUUAAUUAUUAUUUCUUCAGUUAUUUUGAUAAACGCCUACCUCAAUAGUUAUUAAUAUCUUUCUUUAUUUAAGACAAGAUAUUUUCCGGUUUCAUACUUGUUGCCAGAGUUGUAUAUAUUAAUAAACUACUUAAACAACUAUGUUUACACUGAAAGAAACUCUUUCUCAACGUCAGCAUAUUUAAAAAUCAACUUUGGAAUAUCACAUUAUAUAUAUUGUAUAUGUUUAUUAUAUUUAUAUAAUCAUUUAAUAUGUUGUACCUGAUUGACUUUCCGUAUAGUUUGAAAGAGCUGCAUAGUAUAUACAUAAUGGCAUUAAUUGUUAUGGUAAAGGUUACAAGAACAAUAUAAUGAAAGAUGCUUGUUUGGCCACAAUACAAUAUGUCAUGAAAAAGAGUUCUUUUGUAUUUUAUCGACGAAACCCUAUAGAUUUUUCUAAAUAAACACUUUGCAUGCGGAAGAAAAACAUUCUUGAAAAUUCAUCGUCGUAUAUUGAUAAGGGAAUGCUGCGCCAGAAUACGUUACGUAGCUAGUUCCAUAUUGCCUGCUAUACACUAUAAUCAGUUCAUGAAUGUCCUUUGUAGGCAUAUACAUGCAUACAGUAUAUAUACUUAAACACUUUCAGGUAUAUAGUUCAGGCGCAAAAAAUGGCCGCGGCUUAUUGCAGAGCACUACCCACUGCCCCCCACGUUUGAGAUACUUUUUAUAUUGGCGCACCCUAGCUUCAUUAAUUUUGGGGUGUACUUGAAAAGAGAUGGGAACUCUGCGACUUCAAAGACCUCUUGUACUACAAUUAUUUAGAGUGUGGGAUUUAAGUUUGCGUCAAAACAAUUUACGCUAUUAAUUCAUCACAUGCACUUAAGUUAACAUGCACUCAUAACCAAAUACUGUUUAGAUGCCUUGUUAAUUACGUUUCUAAUUUCUCUAUAGUCCUUUGCAGUGAUUGCAAUUGAACAAGAGUCUUGAAACUUGUGGAAGGGAAUUUCUGGUUAACAUUGGAAGAUAAAACAUAUUUCAACUAGUGUUCGUCCGUUGAAGGUAUGUAAUUGCUGGAAUGCUGCAUGGUGUCUAUCAAACAGUCAGAAAACAGACAACUCUAUAUAUACACGCAUGUAUAGUCAUGCAAGCAGUUUAAUUAACAAGUUUUAAUAAAAAAGCUACACACUAUAAAAGCUACACACUAUAGCUGGUGCAAUCUGAUUUUAAUAUUAAAAAGUCCGUUCGCAUCCAGUUAGAAUACUGUAUAAUUAAUACAGUUAAUUGCGAGCAUGCAUAUAGAAGAUCACUCAUGAACUACAUAAAAAAUACAGAAAAGAUCGCCGACGUUUCAAGCGAAGGCCUUUCGUCUCAUGGAAGGUAGUAGUCAGAAGUUAGAAUAAUAGAAUCCUACAUGCACUGGCACCCAUUGUUCAAGUAUAGUUAGUUUCAUUUAUUUCACCACGAUAUGUAUAUUUAACUGCAGUACGGCUAUAAAUGCUGAUGGAGUGAUGGGGUCGUGAUCUAUCUAUGUAGCCCGGCUAUAUACCAUGGCAUAUAUAUUUCUGCCUUGUGGAAGGAAAGCGGAAUACCCAACGAAAACCUAUACUAUGUCUUUCAACAACGCGUUGACUCACUCUUCUUACAUGAAUGUCUUAGUCAAGAACAAGAAAUGAACCCACGAUUUCGGAGGUGAAAGACGACGACUGUAGUGCUAUUUUUAACUUAAGAUCAGAUAAAAGGUUAUUGUGCAUGGGACGAGACUGCAGGAGUUCUGAAUGAUAUGUGAUGAGCGUUUGCUUUAAUUUUCAAUCGGUUUUAGGUUGUUUAUAACCUGCAGAUAAAUGAAUGAUUACUUAAAAAUUGAAAUACUUUUUGAUUAACCUAACACCUAAUAACGUACAUGCGCAAAAAAAUUGACUUAAUUUAAGAAACAUGAAGGCUCAAAAGUGCUGACCUCAGCAUUUCGUCAUAACAUUUACUAUCCGUACGUCGCCUAGUGUCGGUAAUUCUGAUAAGGCUAACAAUGGAUUUUGAAUAUAAAUACCGAGAUAAAUAUAACAACAAAGAGGCCGAGAAAGGAACUGAGCUCAUACAUGCAUCAUGUUCCCAACGACAACUGCAUGACUAGUAUACAUAUGAAAACGGAGAUCACGAAUUUCAUAUUGCAUCAAUUGCUAGAAAUUCUGGGGCAUCCACAUAUUUCGUGCUGAUCGCCCACGAAUAUAUUUCUGUUUGAUCAUGACCAUAAUCAUGCACACAGCCACAUCCUAACCCAGAUGGAUUUCAGUUAUGUUCGUGCGCAGAAUAUAUAAGUAUAUAUCUAAAUCUUUUACCUGAUCACGAGUCAGUAAAUUACGAAAUAUUUCAACAUUCUAACUAGCGUUAGUAGCAUUCUUCCGUCACAUGGUCUCUUCAUAACCGCAGCGGCAAACCAUAGGAGCCAGAAGAGAAACAAACCGCAACAUAUUCUAUAGAAUGUUACAAGUGGCAAAAAUUUGCAACAAAGAAUAAAACUAUUUGAAUCUCGUAAUAGGGCUCCUAGCGAGCGCAAGUAUAAUGAGGGCUCGCUGUGUUUAGAAAGGAAAUAGCCGCUGGUGCUUGUUUCUCGAUAUUAAACGCAAUAUGCGGAAGAAUGUUAAAAACGUAAAUUUGGUUAUUUAAUUCAAUUUCGCAACUGACAGUUGGCUAUAGCAGUAUAUGUACACAAUAUGUUUUUUAUAUACUUUAACCCCCGUAUGCCGUUGUACUAAAAAUAAAUCUCGCUUUUCAUAUCUGAUUUGUGUCUUAAUCAAAAUACAAAAACCUAGUAGAAAAACAUGGCACCCACUGUCAGAUUAACGUUUAGCUUCUUCAGGUAUGAUUAUUGGGCUUUUGUUUACUGUUUGUUUUACGAACUUCGAAAGCGGGCCUACAUAAGGCGGCAUUCCUAAAUCAGCCCCUUUUUAAAUACUUAGAAGCUGCCAGGCAUAGGUAAUCAUUUUGAAGUUCAACAGCGACUAUUUUUAGUGUGCAGGUUCCGCUUAGUUUAACUAAUUACACCUAACACGUUGCGUCCCCUUGAACACGAAAACCAAUUGGCAUCACCAAACCUAGAUCCUUGUUCAAUUAUUUACCCUUUUAAGCUUCUCUGCGAGAUCCUAGUAAGUAUUCGAACAAUCUUGGUUGUAUUAAUAAGUCGGAUAGAGAACACAGUUAAAAUACAUAAAAUGUUUGGAAGAGAAUUGCAUUGGAAUUUCAACUAUGAGCGUAAUAAGCAAAUAUUGUACGAAUACAAUCAGCUGUGAUUAUGCUUAUUUUGUCAUGAUAAUCUGCUACCGGAUAUUUUGUUGUCAUUGUCCCCUCAUACAAGUAGCGAGAAGGUGGUCAGAAUCUGAAAGAGUUGCUGUCACCUGCGACCAAAUGAUCCAAAUACGUACACAUUUAAUAUCAUUCAGGUAGCUCCUCGUAGCAACGCGAAACAUUUCUAGACGCUACUUGUUGAUACAUAAUUACCGCUCCAGUGGACAAGAGGGUUUUAAGCUGAGAGGCGUAUAUUAUUAUACAUACAGUCGAGUGUUUAUUACAGUGGAACGAUCACAGCGCUAACAUCGAUAUACAGGUUAAAUUUCAUUAUUAUUGAAAACAAAUCUUGUUUCUUUUAAUUAUUAAACAGGAUGUGUCGGAUCGGACAGUUUCAGAGACGCAGUUCGAGAAAUGAAACAGGGCAUAACAUGAUCUCACUUGUUGGUAUAUUUCUCUUCAUGUAUGCUCUUGUAAACACUGUAUCCUGCAGAAGUUUCAAUGAGAAUACUUUUACCAACGAAGAACAAGGGAAUGAUUACAACGAGCAAUUGGACGGAGACGACGCUGAAUUUGAUUGGCAGUUGUCAACCGACAACGUUGAUCUUUAUAAAAUUCUAAACAGAAUAGACUUAGAAGAGAUAAUUACGUUCUUGAAGAAUGCGUCGAGCGAUGUGGGAGAGGCUGCUUCUGUCACACGACGACAAAAGCGAAAAGCGACAUUCGGUAGAGAUGACCGUAAGCAAAUCACGACGUCAUUAGCUGAGGUCAUGCCUUACGCAGCGUCGGUGAGAAUUUCAACUGGGUGUUCGGGCACACUGAUUGGUCCGAGACAUGUUCUCACUGCGGCACAUUGCGUAUAUAAGGGACCGAGACGAAAGAAAGUCGGUAAGUAGAUGUCUGUAUACAUUUGCAUUAACAAAGAUUCAGCCAUUACUAGCUUAAAGUACGCCUUAGCCCUUCCCAGUUGACACACUGGAUCAGAUCCAAUGCAAUGGGAUAAUUUUUGCAAAAUUGAUCACCGCAAUUGCAACUGACAACAUUCUUCAGAAACAUUUAAACAUCUAUAUGUAAAUACUCGAUGUAGGGACAUCUAUAAUAUAUUGACCAUUGGAUGGACAAUAUUCACGAACUUUGGUUGAAGGAUUCAAAUUACCUGAAAAAUAUAAAAAGAUUUCAGGUAUUUUUCAACCAAGCUCGUGAAUAUAAGUACACAUAUAUGUACAUUUUCUACCAAGAAUGGAAUUUAUUUAAAAGUUACGUUUAUGCACUACGAUUUGCCAGAUCCACAGGGAGGAUCGAUGAUUUUGGAAAAAAUGCGCGCAAAACGUCAUCUGAGCACAUCACCAAUCAACAAUUUUCAUCACUAACAUUCGACAAAAUCUAAAAUUGGCCCAACAAUGCAAUAAUAAUAAUAAUAAAUGCGUAAAUGUAGCUUAAAGCACGUAAAGUUGGUUGGACCGCAUCGAACUGAUUGGUUCAAAACGAAUGCUGAAAAAAGUCGAAAUAGGAAACCAAUUCGCCAUUCUGAAAUUCCUAAAGGAGAAUCAAAAAUACUGUGUAGGGGCAGAAUAAAGAUACUGUGUAGGUUUGGACAGUGAUUCUCUAAUGCGCUGAAAGGUAACGCAAUACGUGAGUUUCCGAGAGUUGGUAAAGUGUGAAAUGAAAUGAAAUAAAUAAAAUUGAGAUGUUGAAUUUUUUGCUCCUUUAAGUAUCAAAAAUUCUAAAUUUGACUAUCAUCUGUCCCACUAAUUUGUUUUUUAACAACUGAAUUUUUUUGAAUGUACAGUAUAACCUAGUGAUGAAUCUGCACCAUUAAACAGAUUGAAGUCGAAGGGAGGCAUUGUAAUGGGGCCGCUAAAGGAAGUUAUAUUUAAACAGAUCGAUGGGCUGUUGAUUCGCAAAUCUUUAUCUUUGUCAAACAAUACAAGAAAGAAAAGGAAAUAAGCAAGAAAACAUUUCUUUGAUACUUUACAAAUUAGAUACAGCCCUUUAUUAAAUCCAGUAGAUUUGCGGUUAAAAAGAUAUUGUAUUUUGAGAUAUAUUACUGUUGCAAAUUUGAAUAGGUUUCUACCAAAGGAAAUACUGAAAGCGCCCUUCUGAAGUUUAAUAUAUGAGAACUAUUUGCCUUCAAGGAGCUUCGUCCGCAUGCUGUGCAACGUCAUUUAAUUGGUUUCCGACGAACGUCAGCAGAAAAUAAAAAGAAAAUUCCACAGGGUCGUGUCAGAAAACUUUUGAUUAGAUAAUGACAGAACACAUUCUUUAUUAAUCUUUGCAGUCAAAGUUUGAUUUUGUGAACAAUAGCAUGUGCUAAUCCCACUGAUUUACUCAACUUAGUAGUUUAUUUUUAUACCACCUUUAUACUCUGAAUUUAAUGUUCCUGUUUAUUCUUUCCGCAAAUUUCUAAAAAAAGGUUAAAAGGAUAUAUCCAUUUGCUAAAUUGUGCCUCGUUAAAAAAGGACAUUAAUUCGGGCGAUUCUAUAGAGGGAAAACGUAGGUUAUAUAUAGUUUGGUUCGGUGAAUUCUCAAACCGAAAUGAGCUAAUUAUAUAUUCAAGCAAAAUUAACUGAAAUGUUUUGUAAAAUGCUGUUGGUAAAAAUUCAAAUUAUUAAAAGAGCUAAUUAAACAGUAAAGUAAACCUUCCAUUAGGCAUUGCGUAUACGCGUCUACUAUGUGUUAUCAUAGGAAGUCCACGAUUGAACUGAACUUGAGCUGAACUCUUUCAUAUUAAAGCGUGGAGUUUACAGUAUAAAUGUUGAUGCAUGCCACUAUACGAUAUAUGCAUGAAUAUGCCCAGACUUGCAAUAUAAACAGAAAACCAAAUAAGCAAACUGCUUUUGAAAUCGGAUGAUAUAUAUCUGAAACAAGGUUAAUAUAGAUCCCUUCCUAAAGAAGUUGCUAUACCGAGUUAAAAAUCUUUCAUAUUUUUUAAAUGUUUUUCUUAGCUACUUGUUAUAUAUUAAUUGAUUAUUCCGCUGGUUCCAUGGAAUGUGAUGCGAUUAAAGCUAGGCCUAGGGUUACACGUGCGAAUUUUUAAUCACACAGAGAAGUGGCAACACGUACAGUGAUUUUCUUGUCUGGCAAGACAAGUGCAAAGCCAGAGUUCCCAAAAUCGAAGCUAAGUUCAUGAUUUCCUGACAAAAUUUAGCGCUCGUAAUUUUAAACACAAGUUUGAAAGUUUGAUCAUUGUGUCUGAUGGAUAAAACAUAAAUAAGUGUAAAUAUAGACUGUCUAAAGAUCAUAAUAUGCGCUUAAAAGUGUAUGAAUUUGUUAACGUUUUAGCAGUUAACUGAUUUCUACAGUAGUGUGUGAACUUGCAGAUAUUUUUUUACUUGUCCACGGCACUGAAUUAGUCGCCGCAGAUAUGUUUUCACUAGCCAGUCCUCCACUUGUCAAGUAAAGCGAUUUUCAUUGGCUGGCUGACUAAAUAUGGUCAGUUGUAAUUUGAUAUUUUUGGCAAUCGUUGCCGAAAGUUAAACUCUCAGCAACGAUUGCCGAAUGUAUGAAGUUACAAUUGUAUUGCCGCGCAGACCAUGAUAAACGUGCGAUUUCCUCUUUGACCCGUUGCGUUGCCGUCGCGAGAAAAAAACGCACACAAAAUUCUAGCCAACUCCGGCAACAGCGACGAGUUGUUAACGGCAGGGACUAAGCGAGGGGUAAAUUACUCUGAAAAAAGCGUACGAAGAUUUUUGAGAUUAGAAAAUCCCGGCAAUUUUUCUCGGGAUUCUGGGAUUUUUUCCCAAAAUUUAAGGGAUUUUCGGAUUUUUUUUCAGAUUCUUUUCGAAAUAUUUUCCCUUAUUUUUUCGCCGAACUUUUUUCGAAAUAUUUUCCCUUAUUUUUUUCGCCGAACGCCAAUUCACGAUUUAAAUUUUUAAAUUUGAUGGGAUUUCUCGAUAUUGCAAUAAUUUUGAGGAUUUUAUUGGGUUUUUUCCAAGUAUUUUAUUCAAUUUUUAGAGAUUUCUUGGUAUUUUGGGAUUCUAGGAUUUAGUAAGAUUUUGGGAUUUUUCCAAAGAUUUUUUUGGAUUUUUGAUGAAGUGUACGAAGAUUUUCAGAGUAAUUUACCACUUGCUAAGGGACUAAGAGUAAUUUCCGAUGAUUUUGGAUUGGUUAUAUGAAAUAAAUAAGCUGUCUUUAGUUAAGUUUACAAACACUGACGUUUCGCGUGACGGUCCUUUGCCAAGAGGGUAUAUACUGUAGUAGCACUGACCUUGAUUGCUACUAACUUCCUGGCGAUAAGCCUUCACUCGGGAAACGUCGACACAAUGUUUGGAACAUAUCACUGGAAUAUCAAUGACAAUGAAACAAAUGCCGGUUGAAGCAAAAUAGCAAUGUCUAUUCGCCUAUAGAUAUUAAUUGGUGCGAUAACUCCAUGCUGAAUUGAGAUCAUCCUAUUAGUAUUAGUAUACAUAUAUUAUCGAUAAACUUCCCAUCUAACUUCGAACUUAUAAUUAUUUCUUCAAAUAGGUUUUCUUCAUAUGAGUGGAAAAAUACGUUGGCGAAAAGUACGUAAGACUUACAUUCCAAGCAAAUGGCACACAUCGACAGCAAAUGACCAUCGAACGAAGUACGACUACGCUGUUUUAGAAUUACGACGGAAUCACAGACGACCUUAUAUGACACCAGUAGCAUUCCACAGAUCCCAAGGAUCCAAACUAGAGUUCAACGGCUUUCCAGGCGACAAGAAACGGAAUACCAUGUGGCACACACGUUGUUUUGUCUACCAAAAUUGGAAAGGCUACCUCAUUAAUAGUUGCGACGUUGCACCGGGUAUGUCAGGCUCAGGGUCCUACUUAUUCCUCAACCAGAAAAAUUAUGUUGUAAGAGGACUUGUUGUAGCUUCUGUUUACCUUCGUAAAGGACCUAAGUUUUACAGAUUCAAUGUCGUAAAUCCGCUGACAAAAGAAAAAACAAGACAAGUGUGUACGUGGAUGAGAGCAGGGAGAGACUGCAGAUCGUUUAAGUGAUACUUUAUGCAGUACAAUACACAAAACGGAUAUAAUUUGGUCAUGCAAAAUACACCUCUUGCCCACGACCAAGUAAAACAGUGCAUAUUGUAUCGACCUAUAACCACGACAAGUAUAUAUGCACAUCAUAUUUAAAUUAUGAGCGUAGCCGAGAGCAUACUGCGUCAAAAUGACAUAAAUGAGUGACAAUUAUUUAAUUAAAGGACUAUAGUUUAAGAUAAUAUGAACAUUAGAAAUAUAGUCAUAGAUGUAAUUAAUGCACAUCAACUCUGUGAAGUCUGGCAAAGAACGCGGUUUCGUUUACACCCUAUAUAAAUUAUGUUGUGUUGAUUUAUGGUAUCACUAACUAAAUGUGGCAACAACAACAUAUCAUCUUGUACAGUACAACUGUAUCGUAUAACAUUGAAUUUGAAGCGAAUGAACUGAUAAUUUUGUUCUGAACAGAGAAAGGUGUUCUAGAAUAAUACAUAGAAAAAUUGCUUUAUGAUAAAAAUGCAUAUCAGUAAUUGCAUAUGGACCCUGCAUGGAUUAUAAAUUAAUUUGUCAAAGUUGAGCUGACGAUUAAUAUCAUUUACCGAUGGGCAAUUUAUGCAACAUUAGUGAAUUCUUUCUUUCGGCCGAAAUUGCAUGUGCGGUGUUUUAAAAAUGUUUGAACAGAAAAUCGUCUCGGAUAUGCAAACAUCGUCUUUCUAUAAACAAACAAAGCUCACGCUGGACUUCACAGAGUUGUAAUGACAUACCGAUUAUUACAAGGGAACAACAAUUAAAUUUAAUUGUUUAUUGAAGAAAUUUCAUCCAUACCUAAAAUGAAGUUUCUUUAUUACGACAAACGUGCAUUUUGUAAUUCGUAAUAGUAUAAAAAGUAUACCACUCGGUAGAAAUAUAGUAUAUAUCUAUAUAUAUAUAUAUAUAUAUAAACAGUGGAAACGCUUUUACAAAUAGAUUUAUUAAAUUAUAAGUAUAUAUUAUCAGUUUAGAUGCAUGCAUUCUCGCAUGCACGAUUUUCGAUUGUAUACAGGGACGUGCUGGCGUCUUAAAAAAGACAACGAAUAAGCAACGUCUGAUGGGCCCAGUGAACGAUGGCUCUAUAUUAACAUUGUUUCGAAAAAUUGUUGGCGAGCGAAUCGCACAAUUUUUUUCGGAUACACCAAAAUUUUGCCGCACAUAUCGUACUUUUUCCUGCAAUACAAAAAGUUUUCCGGACAUUUCGUCAAUUUUCCCGAAAUACUAAAUUUUUUCCAGGCAUAUCGUAACUUUUCGGUCCCACAUACGAAAAUUAUUCCAUAAUAUUUUCGCGACUUCUGAUUUUUACAAUAUACAGUAAACUGUAAUAUCUUAAUCUUGAUUUUGAAAAUUAGAAUCUCAAUGUUUGAAAAAAUUUGAAUGUUUUUAUUUUAGGGGCCCACGAUGGCAAGAGCCUACAACGAGUUCUCGUUGUCUCAACCCUGGCCAGCACGCCCCUGGUUGUAUAUGAAUAUUAAUCAUAGUGUAACUGCAGUUGUCCAAAUGCUGAACAAAACGAUAUUAUUUACUAAUAUUAAAACUUGAAAGUUUUGGGGUGUAUACGAAAAGACCAUGCGUUAACGUUGUUGCAUAUUUAUCAUGCUUAUAAUCAAACAUGAGGGUGUUAUAUAGCUUAUCGAA